UGUCGCUCUUGGUGCUGCAGUGCUAACGGUUUGGCAGAUGGGACGCUUUUUCUUGGAGUUUGUGCCUUUGGUUUCUGACUUCUGGCAGAGCCGGGCCUGCUGCUGCUCGCCCUCUCCCUCCCUGCCCCUCUGGGCACCAUGGCCCAUCGGCUUCGGUUUCAUUUUGGCUCUGGUCGCAGCAACACAGCCCCCGAAUCAGAGAUCCUAGACCAGGAGAGAGAAGACGACUUUUUCAUGGCAUUCCACACCCUGCCGCGGAGGAGCGGCCCUCACGCCUUUGCCCCGAGCGGCGCGGAGGAUGGCGGCGGCCUGCGGGGAGGCGUGGGCGCGCUCAAGCGCAGCUCGUCCAUGUUCAUCCCCCAGCUCCUGAGCCCCGCGGACACGCGCCCCACGCGGAGCUCGUCCAUGCAGAUCUCGCUGCAGCGCAAGGCGGCCGACGGGGCCCCCGACGGCAGCGGGCCGCCCGAGGGUCUGGACGGCGAUGCGGGCCCAGAGUCUCGGGGAGGCUGCCAGGACCCACCGGAGCCCCCCACGCCCGAGAGCUCCCCUCCAAAGGCAGCUGGGGUGCCCGGCCACCAGGUCAACGGCACGUGCAACCGCCGAGCGUGCCGCCCCACCGUGUCCGACGGCCUUGAGGAGGCCGGUGGGCUCCGUGUCCAGCACCGCGCCUCCAGCGCCGACGUGCGCCAGGUGAGGCUGAUGCCCUUCGGCGCCGAUGGCCCCGGCAGCCCCUCGCCUCGCGAGCCGCGGCGCUGGUCCCUGCAGCAUGUUCCAGAUGCCUCUGGAAGUUCUGGGAAGCGGUGCUUCGUUUUCCAGUUGCAGCAGCCUCAGCCCGGCACUCCGGGGCCUGGUGGGGACUUCAAUUUCGGUUUCACUGGCACCAAGGGGGACCGGUUGGUGCGGUAUCCCCGCAUCCGGCUGGAGAGGAGCACCUCGUACCCCACGCAGCCCCGAGCGGGGCGCACCAGCCCCACGGAAGAGCGAGGCCACCCUGGACACCUGGAGACGCUUCCUCGGGGCCGCAGGGUGGCUCCCGAAAUCCACAGGACCAAUUCUGUGGAAAGGAUGCCACAGGGUCAGGGCUGCACGUUUAAGAUCAGGCAGGAUCAAAAUGCGGGGCAGCAGCAUUUCAGAAUUCUUGUGACUCGGGGGCCGGAGGAGGCUUCCCAGAGCUCCGAGGAGGAGAACUCCCCCAGCUCUGCGUCCACUGUCGCCGGUGCCCAGACGCGAGACGACUUCCUGGGACAGGUGGACAUACCCCUCAGCCAUCUCCCGACAGAAGAUCCAACCAUGGAGCGACCCUAUACCUUUAAGGAUUUUCUCCUCAGACCUAGAAGUCAUAAAUCUCGAGUCAAGGGAUUUUUGCGAUUGAAAAUGGCCUAUAUGCCCAAAAAUGGAGGUCAAGAUGAAGAAAACAGUGAGCAGAGGGAUGACCUGGAGCACGGGUGGGAGGUUGUCGACUCGAAUGACUCGGCUUCUCAGCACCAGGAGGAGCUUCCUCCCCCUCCUCUGCCUCCCGGCUGGGAAGAAAAAGUGGACAAUUUAGGUCGGACUUACUACGUCAACCACAACAACCGCACCACUCAGUGGCACCGUCCGAGCUUAAUGGAUGUGUCCUCCGAAUCAGACAGUAACAUCAGGCAGAUCAACCAGGAGGCUGCGCACCGGCGUUUCCGCUCCCGCAGGCACAUCAGCGAAGACCUGGAGCCCGAGCCCAGCGAGGGCGGAGACGGCCCCGAGCCUUGGGAGACCAUUUCAGAAGAAUUGAGUAUCACUGGGGACUCCCUCAGUCUGGCGCUGCCCCCACCACCCGCCUCCCCAGUGUCCCGGACCAGCCCCCAGGAACUCUCCGAGGAGCUCAGUAGAAGGCUUCAGAUCACUCCAGACUCCAACGGGGAGCAGUUCAGUUCUUUGAUUAGAGAGCCCUCCUCGAGGCUGAGGUCCUGCAGUGUCACCGACGCGGUUGCCGAGCAGGCUCAUCUACCACCGCCCAGUGCCCCAACUAGGAGAGCGCGUUCAUCAACUGUCACGGGUGGUGAGGAGCCAACGCCGUCAGUGGCCUAUGUACAUACCACGCCGGGCCUCCCUUCAGGCUGGGAAGAAAGAAAAGAUGCUAAGGGACGCACAUACUAUGUCAAUCAUAACAAUCGAACCACCACUUGGACGCGACCUAUCAUGCAGCUUGCAGAAGAUGGUGCAUCCGGAUCCGCCACAAACAGUAACAACCAUCUAAUCGAGCCUCAGAUCCGCCGGCCUCGUAGCCUCAGCUCGCCAACAGUAACCUUAUCUGCCCCCCUGGAGGGUGCCAAGGAUUCACCCAUACGUCGGGCUGUGAAAGAUACCCUUUCCAAUCCACAGUCCCCACAGCCAUCACCUUACAACUCCCCCAAACCACAACACAAAGUCACACAGAGCUUCCUGCCGCCCGGCUGGGAAAUGAGGAUAGCGCCAAAUGGCCGACCCUUCUUCAUUGACCAUAACACAAAGACUACGACAUGGGAAGAUCCACGGCUGAAAUUUCCAGUACAUAUGCGAUCAAAGGAGUACAUGGGAGGCUUCUCUUUGCUCUUGACAGUGGUACUGCCCACAUGCAUGGCCCAGUUGAUCUGA